AUUUUAGCAUUCCGGCAGCCGGUUUCUGUUAAGUUUGGAGUUACUCUGCUCACCAAGACUGCAUGCGUACUUAUAGUAGCUAAAUCAACGCACAGCAUCACAAGGAGUCUGCAUGUCUGACCAGUAGACAUGCUCAGCUUUGUGGAUACUCGGAUUGUGUUGCUGCUCGCAGUAACUUCAUACCUUGCAACAUGUCAAUCUGGUCCAUACGGAGAAAAAGGCCCCAGAGGUGACACGGGCCCUCAGGGACCAGAUGGCGCAGAUGGCAUUCCCGGACUUCCUGGCCCCCCAGGGCCCCCAGGUCCCCCUGGACUUGGUGGAAACUUUGCUGCUCAGUAUGGUGCAAAAGGCCCAGACCCAGGCCCUGGUCCCAUGGGUAUGAUGGGAAGCAGGGGCGCACCCGGACCUCCUGGUAGCCCUGGCUCUCAAGGAUUCCCAGGACACGCUGGUGAGCCUGGUGAACCUGGACAGACUGGUCCUCUUGGUGCACGUGGACCCCCUGGACCCCCUGGAAAAGUUGGUGAAGAUGGUAACAAUGGCAGACUUGGCAAGGCUGGAGAUAGAGGUGCACCUGGAGGACAGGGUGCCCGUGGUUUCCCUGGAACUCCUGGCCUUCCGGGCAUGAAGGGGCACAGAGGCUACAAUGGUCUGGAUGGACGCAAAGGAGAGGUCGGAGCAGCUGGUCUCAAGGGAGAGACUGGUGCACGUGGUGCCAAUGGAUCACCUGGACAGGCUGGGGCACGUGGUCUGGCGGGGGAGAGAGGGCGCGUUGGACCUGCCGGCCCAGCUGGUGCAAGAGGAAGCGAUGGAAACACAGGCCCUGCUGGCCCUGCUGGUCCUCUGGGAGCAGCUGGUCCUCCAGGUUUCUCAGGUGCCCCUGGUGCUAAGGGAGAGAUUGGUGCUGUUGGUGCCCCUGGCCCCCAGGGUGCUCAAGGUACAAGAGGUGAACCUGGUGUCAAUGGUGCUGUUGGUCCAGCUGGUCCCGCUGGCAACCCUGGUAACAAUGGUCUGGCUGGUGCCAAAGGUGCUACUGGCGCCCCUGGUAUUGCUGGUGCCCCUGGUUUAGGUGGAGCACGCGGUGGCCCUGGACCACAAGGAUUAACUGGAGCUGCUGGAGCUAGAGGUCUGGGUGGUGAUCCUGGUGCAGUUGGUUCCAAGGGAGACUCUGGUAUUAAGGGAGAGCCUGGUAGUCAUGGGCCACAGGGCCCCCUCGGCCCUGCUGGUGAGGAAGGCAAACGUGGCCCUACUGGAGAGGUCGGCCCAACAGGGCCCAUUGGCAGCCGUGGAGAGAGAGGUGUUCCUGGUGCUCGUGGUCUUCCUGGGGUUGAGGGUAGAGCUGGUCCCAUGGGUAUGCCCGGUGCCCGGGGGGCUACUGGCAGCGGUGGCCCUCGCGGGCCCCCUGGUGAUGCAGGCCGUGCUGGAGAGCCUGGUGCCGUUGGCCCAAGAGGUCUUCCUGGCAGUUCUGGAGUCGGAGGUCCCCCAGGAAAGGAAGGUCCCAUGGGUGCCCCUGGUGCUGACGGUCGCACCGGCCCUGCUGGUGCUACUGGAGCCAGAGGUCUGGCUGGUACCAUUGGUUUCCCCGGUCCCAAGGGCCCUGGUGGUGCUCCAGGAAAGGCUGGUGACAAAGGUGCAACUGGCCCAGCUGGCUUAAGAGGCGCCCCCGGACCUGAUGGCAAUAACGGACCUGCUGGCGCAAUUGGAGCUGUUGGUAACACAGGAGCAAGGGGAGAAUCAGGUCCUGCUGGUUCUGUUGGUUUCCAGGGUCUCCCUGGCCCAGUUGGAGGUGUUGGUGAGGCUGGAAGACCUGGCAACAGGGGUAUUCCUGGUGAGACGGGACAACAUGGCCCUGCUGGUGCCAAGGGAGAGCGUGGUAACCCUGGUCCUGCUGGAGCAACUGGCUCUCAGGGCCCCAUUGGAGCUCGUGGUGCCACUGGACCCCCCGGAGUCGAUGGAGGAGCAGGUGAUGCUGGUAUCGUUGGACUCGCUGGUAAUGCUGGGCCCCAAGGAGCCUCCGGAAUGCACGGCGAGCGCGGUGCAGCCGGCACCCCUGGAGGUAAAGGCGAGAAGGGUGAGGCUGGACACAGAGGGCCUGAGGGUAACCUUGGCAGAGAUGGUGCUCGUGGCGCUGCUGGCCCCAGUGGACCCCCCGGACCUUCUGGUGCCAAUGGUGAUAAGGGUGAAACUGGUGCUGCUGGAGCACAUGGUCCUGCUGGUCCUCGUGGUUCACCUGGCGAGCGUGGUGAACGCGGUCCUCUUGGAGCUUCUGGAUUUGCUGGUGCCCCUGGUAGCAAUGGCCAGACCGGUGUCAGAGGAGAGAAAGGUCCCGGUGGCGCUAAGGGAGAAGUGGGCGCUGUUGGUCCUGCUGGCCCUGCCGGAAGCUCUGGACCUUCUGGCCCAUCCGGUCCUGGUGGACCCCCAGGUGCCCGUGGUGAUACCGGUCCCCAUGGUCUGACUGGAUUCCCAGGCCCUGCUGGACGAUCUGGACUUCCUGGCCCAGCUGGCAUUGUUGGACCCGCUGGUCACAUGGGCGCCGCUGGCAAGGAUGGCCCCCGUGGUGCUCGUGGUGACCCCGGCCCCGGCGGUCCCCAGGGCUCUGUGGGUAUGGUUGGACCUCAGGGUGUUGCAGGAGAGAAAGGAGCUGCUGGACAGGCCGGUGCCACAGGUCCCGCUGGUUCCCCUGGACCCCAGGGUGUGCUCGGUUCUCAGGGCUUUGUUGGUCUUCCUGGCACAAGAGGUGAACGUGGUCUUCCCGGUGGUGCUGGAGUUGUGGGUGAGCCCGGUAGGGGAGGCCCAUCUGGACAAACUGGCCCUCGUGGUCCUGCUGGAAACAUCGGCAUGCCUGGUAUGACUGGUGCUCCUGGAGAUGCUGGCCGUGAGGGUAGCCCUGGCAACGAUGGUCCACCUGGCCGACCUGGUGCUGCUGGGAUCAAGGGUGAUCGUGGAGAGCCUGGAUCUCAUGGUGUUGUCGGCUCAACUGGAAGUCCUGGAGCUGUGGGCCCCACUGGUUCCAUGGGCAGACCUGGCAACCGUGGAGAGCCUGGUGCAGUUGGCCCUGCUGGAGCUGUUGGCGCCGCUGGUGCCACAGGUGCAAUUGGCGCUGGUGGUCUCCGUGGUGAGAAGGGUGUUGGCGGAGACAAGGGAGACAGAGGGAUGAAGGGACUGCGUGGAUUCCCGGGAAUGCAGGGAAUGAACGGGCCUGCUGGUGUUCCUGGUGAGACAGGUGCUGCAGGUUCUGCUGGCCCCUCCGGUCCCAGAGGCCCAGUUGGUCCCCAUGGUCCCCACGGAAAGGACGGCAGAGCUGGCCCUCAUGGUCCCUCUGGACCUGUUGGCCACCGUGGUCCAGCUGGUCACAUGGGCCCUGCUGGCCCCCCUGGAUCCCCUGGUGUCCCUGGCCCUCCUGGUCCCGCAGGCGGCAGCUAUGAAUUUGGCGGUUAUGAUGAGUACAGAGCUGACCAGGGAGCCCUCAGAGCUAAGGACUACGAGGUUGAUGCCACUAUCAAGUCUCUGAACACCCAGAUCGAUAGCAUUCUCUCCCCAGAAGGCUCAAGGAAGAACCCCGCCCGUACCUGCCGUGACAUCAGGCUCGGACACCCAGAAUGGACCAAUGGAUUUUACUGGAUCGAUCCCAAUGAGGGCUGUAUCAGCGACGCUAUUCAGGCCUACUGCGACUUCUCCACCGGAGAGACCUGCAUCCACGCCAAGCCCGCCAGCAUCGACCGCAAGAACUGGUACAAGAGCACCGAGAAGAGCCAUGUCUUCUUUGGGGAGACCAUCAACGGUGGCUCAGAGUUCACAUACAACGAUGACACCAUUAGCACUCAGUCUAUGGCUACACAACUGGCCUUCAUGCGUCUGCUGGCCAACCGUGCCUCCCAGAACAUCACCUACCACUGCAAGAACAGCAUCGCCUACAUGGAUGCCGAGGGCGGUGACCUGAAGAAGGCCGUUCGGCUGAUGGGCUCCAACGAUGUGGAACUGAGGGCCGAGGGCAACAGCCGCUUCACCUACAACGUGCUGGAGGAUGGGUGCACUAGGCACACUGGCCAGUGGGCCAAGACAGUCAUCGAGUACAGAACGACGAAACCAACCCGCCUCCCAAUCCUGGACAUCGCACCAUUGGACAUCGGAGGAGACGAUCAGGAAUUUGGUUUGGACAUUGGCCCAGUCUGUUUCAAAUGAAAGGACCCACGAUAACUUAAAACAAAAUUAAAAAUGAAACCCCUUUCCUCUCUGUUAUUUUGAUACCAAAUGUUCACACUUUCUACUCAUCUAUGUGCUUAAGCUGGGGCCUAUUGGCGAAGACAGAAUUGGACUGAAUGGAGCAUGGUGCAAUGCAAAUUAACACAGCAGCCCGAGACGUACAGGGAACACCUUGUCAAGCGGACAUGCCAUCGUUUGUAAAAUAAGAAAAGUGUAAUAAAGAUCAGGAAGAAUCACACGUCAAUUGUGGUCCUUGUGUAUUUACUGAGGAGGAAGUUUAAAACCACAGCUUCCAAAGGUUUAAGCUACCUCGUAUGUAUUAAGUCUGAUCCACACAUCCUAAGUGUACGAGUCGGAAUGCCUCAAGGUUAGCCCUCCGUCAAAGGUGCAAAGCUAAGUAUUAUGUGGCUCAAAAACUUGAAGCAGUAUUAUGGUGCUAUAUGUGCAAACUGCACAGGAAAGCACUCUACUGUAUUGCAUUGUGCCAUCUAGGAUACGGAGUUGUCUUGCUGAUAACCCCCUUGUUAAGCAGGUGGAUCAUUCCAGUCAUUUGUUUUGUUUUGUUUCAUUUUGUUUCAUUUUGUUUAGCGUCGUAACACCUUCUCUCCCCAUCUCCCUUUAUUUCCCUCAGUCCCAGUGUUAAUGCUUUAAGUAUAUUUCUCCCCAUUCAAAUGGGUAAAAGGCCUCUUUAUCUGUCUCAAACAAACAGAACGUUUAUUGUACCUAUUUUGUAUAUGUGAGAUGUUUAAAUAAAUUGUGAAGAGAACUGAAAUAAAGCACGUCCAAUUUUCCAACACA